CUGCUCAGCCCUCAGACAGGACACACAGCGGGUAAAUUUCAGCUCAGAUCGAUGUCUCUCUAACUCGUGUUUCCUCAACAUAGUAACACGGUAUUGUUUCUGCAGCGUUUUGUUGUGUGUUUGCGGCUCAGCGCUCUGAGUCACAAUGGAGUCUCACAGGCUGAGCGGCUCUCCAGACGUCAGGAUACAGAGGAGCUACAUGCAGCCACGCAGUCCCAAAGGCAGCCAGGACAACUUGUUUGGAGUCAGGGUGCAGAUCCAGGGGAUUAAAGGUCAACCCUAUGUAGUUCUGAACAGCUCUGGUCAGGAGAACCACCGGGACAUCUCUGUCAUCACUCACCAGGCGGGAUACAAUCCUGGCAUAGUGAGGAGGUCUGUGGAUGAAAGACACUCUCCAUCAACCUCCCCCUUGUUUCAUUAUCAGAAACACCCAGAGAUUCUGAGACCUUAUGACCCUGAAAGUAAUAACCUGGACUUAGUUCUUCCUUCAGCUUCAGUCUCUCGACCUGCACAGCUAAACACAAACCCUCUUUCUGAGACUGUCAAUGUGAACAAACCCAGGAUCCCUCUGCCCGCUGAGGGCCCAGAGGGAGACCAGAGUGAAGUCGCCCAGAACAACACACCUCCCUCAGGUAGACAAGCCCCUGCAAGGUCCCCAAAUUCAGUGGAUUCAGACCCCUUCAUGUCUGUAGGGAAGCUCAUAAGCCAGUUCAACAGCAGCCAGCGGAGGGGAAGAGGAGGCCCCAGGAACCGAUUGAACCCAGAGCAGUGUCGAAGGUCACGCAGCGUAGACAGUAGUCGAACCUCGGACUCCUCAUCCUCUUCCUCUUCCUCCAGCAGAGCCUCGUCUCUGAAGGGCAUCAGGGGUGAGACCACAUGUGGUAUAUAUCCUCCGGGGUCAGCCAGGGCCCGACUCCUCGGCGGAGAAGCCUCUAUGCCGAAGGACGAGAACAAGCCCAGCACACUGCUUAAAGGACACAUGGGAAAAGAGACGAUGUCUCCACAGGCUGCGAGACUACUUCACAGCACAGAGAAACCCUCCAUCUCCAGAUCAGGCAGUGAACAGACUGAUGAAUCAGAUGAAAGAGACGCACAGGUCACUCCUGAUCUUCUGAAAGGACAGCAAGAACUCUCAGUAGAUCCACCUGAAGACACGGCAAAACAAAUCCUGUUCACAUACCUCAAGGAUGGGACAAGUGAUGAUGACUCCACCACUCAGAAGAAAGUCACCCUGCUGCUUGAAAAGGUCAACCAGGUCAAGUGGAAGACUGCUGAAAAUGUGGAGGAGGAGAAAGAUAACGCAGCUGAGGUGAGACUUUUGCAGCAGAAACAGGCUGCGCUGGAGAGAGAAGUGUCUGAAUUAAAGCAAAAACUGGAAACAGAGAUUAAGAAUGAAAAGACUCUAGCCAAGGCUUGUGAAAAGGCCAGGACAGAGAAGAAGAAACUGCAGGAAGAGUUGGCUAAAAGUCAGGAAGAGCUCUGCAAACUCAGCGACAGACUGGCCGAGAUCGAGGCUGAACUUCAUUCUACCAAACAGGAGCUGACUCAGAUGAAGGCAGAGAGGGAUAGGUCUAAGACAGAGAUGAAAGACCUUCAGCAGCAGCUCUCCGAGAUGCAUGACGAGCUGGACCAGGCCAAGAGGGCCGAGGUGAUAAAUACAGAGAAAGAAGUUCUUCUGGAGGAAAUGGUGCGGCUUCGUGCGGACUUUCAGGAGAUGCUUCAGGUGAAGGAGGAGCAGGAGGAGGUGCUGCACCGCAGGGAGAGGGAGCUCAGCGCCCUGAAGGGGGCGCUCAAAGAGGAGGUGGAGACUCAUGAUUCGUACAUGGCAGCUCUGAAGGAGGAAUAUGAAAAUGAGUUUGAGAAGCUGCUUAAAGAUUUAGACCUGGCAAAAGAGAGCAGUGCUUUGCUGGGUCAGAAGAGGGUCGAAGCAGAGGAGGAGAGAGGAGUAGCGAAGGUGCAGCUGAAGGAGCUGAGCCAGGACAGAGAUCAGCUGAGAGGAAAGGUGCAGGAGCUGAAUAAUAAGGUGGAUCAGCUGAGUCAGGCAAUCCAGGAGUCAAAAACCACAGAGAGACAGUUGGAGCAGAGAGCAAAGCAGCUGGAGAGGGAAAAGCAUCAGGUUGAGGAGGCGCUGAGGGAUGUGAGGAGGAAUGAGGAGGAGAUGUGUCAGUCUAACCAGUCGCUGCUCACUCGCCUGGAGGACGUGCAGAGUAAGUUGACCAAGCUCAAUCAUGAGCACAGGGACCUGAAGGAGAAGCUCAAGGAGGAGAGGAGACAAAUAGAGGAGCUGUGGAAGACAAAAACUGAGCUGGAGGAUGAGAGGAUUCUGCAGGACAGGACUGUGGAGCAGCUGCAGAGGAAGAUGAAUAGCAUCAUGGAGGAGUGCGAGGCGUCCACAGAUGUACUUCAGAACCAGGUCGACGAGGCCAGAGAGAGGAGUCAGAGGGAGUUGGACGAGCUACGGAGACAGCUGCAGGAAAAGGGAGCAGAGCUGGAGAAAUCCCGACUGGCAGCCAAAAAACUUCAGGAAGAGCUGCUUCCUCUGGAGGAGGAUCUGCGGCGGUGUUGCAGGGAGCAGCAGGAGGCCCAGCUGAGGGGCCGGCAGCUGGAGCAGAAGGUGGAGGAGCUGGAGGAGAGGAAUGCAACCACGGUGGGAGAGCGUGAGCGGCAGGUCAAACUCAUGGAGGGACGCAUCAGCCAGCUACAAGAAGAUGUUAAUGAUGAGCGCAGCAGUGCCGACCGCCUGAUGGAGCGGUUAGACAAAACCAAAGAGCAGAUGGAUCAGAUGAGGAGCGAGCUGAUGCAGGAGAGAGCAGUCAGGCAGGACCUGGAGUGUGACAAGAUGAGCCUGGAGAGACAGAACAAAGACCUGAAGAGCAGAGUGACUCAUCUGGAAGGAUCACAGAGGACCAACCAGGAUUCACUUGUCUCCAAACUGAACACCCGCAUCCAGGAACUAGAGGAAAGGCUACAAGGAGAAGAGAGAGACAACAACAGCCUGCAACAAGUGAACCGCAAGCUGGAGCGUAAAGUGAAGGAGAUGAAGAUGCAGACUGACGACGAACACAUCAACCUGCAGAGCCAGAGAGACCAGCUGACUCAGAGGCUGAAGACGGCGAAGAGGCAGAUGGACGAGGCGGAGGAGGAGAUCGAGCGCCUGGAACACGCUAAGAAGAAGCUGCAGAGAGAACUGGACGAGCAGAUCGAGGCUAACGAGCAGCUUCAUGGCCAACUGAGCUCACUGCGGAACGAGAUGAGGCGUAAAAGGAAAUCACCUCCUCUCAUUAAGUCUAUGGAGGACAGCCUGAACGACGUGGAUGACUUAGGAUCUGAUUGACUGACAAACAAAACGCUGUCCAACAAUAAUUUCUGGACUUUAUCAAGAAAUGUUGGACUCACUGUGAAGAAUCCUUCAUAUCAUAAUUCAACAUAAUUCCAUUAACAAACUCAGGUGUGACUUCAUGAUGUUUCCAGUUGUGAAUGGUGUGGCACCUUGCCAAGACUGACCUCUUGUGGCAACAUGAAUAACUACAAACUGAUGUUUUACAAUGCAACAGAAAAACUGAUCCAUUUACCUGAGCUCAGAUGGAUUAAUGUGCUCCCUAAGUUAUUCCUUUGCCGUGUGAAUUAACAUGCAGCAUGCAAAUUUUAAACGAAUGAAUAAAUGUGUGUAAGAUAUGUUUUCAACAUUGACUCAUAAUUAUACACUCACCUGCCACUUUAUUAGGUACACCUGUUCACCUGCUUGUUAGUGUAAAUAGCUAAUCAGCCAAUCACGUGGCAGCAACUCAAUGCAUUUAGGCAUGUAGACAUGGUCAAGACGACCUGCUGAAGUUCAAGCCAGGCAUCAGAAUGGGGAAGAAAGGUGAUUAAAGUAACUUCGAAUGUGGCAUGGUUGGUGCCAGACGGGCUGGUCUGAGUAUUUCAGAAACUGCUGAUCUACUGGGAUUUUCACACACAACCAUCUCUAGGGUUUACAGAGGAUGGUCUGGAAAAGAGAAAAUAUCCAGUGAGCGGCAGUUCUCUGGGUGAAAAUGCCUUGUUGAUGCCAGAGGUCAGAGGAGAAUGGCCAGACUGGUUCAAGAUGAUAGAAAGGCGACAGUAACUCAAAUAAGCACUGGUUACAACCAAGGUCUGCAGAAGACCGUCUCUGAACGUGUUGAACCUUGAAGCAGAUGGGCUACAGCAGCAGGAGACCACACCAGGUGCCACUCCUGUCAGCUAACAACAGGAAACUGAGGCUACAAUUCACACAGGCUCACCAAAACUGGACAAAAGAUGAUUGUAAAAAUGUUGCCUGGUCUGAUGAGUCUGGAUUUCUGCUGCCACAUUCAGAUGGUAGGGUCAGAAUUUGGUGCAAACAACAUGAAAGCAUGGAUCCAUCCUGCCUUGUAUCAACGGUUCAGGCUGGUGGUGGUGGUGUAAUGGUGUGGGGGAUAUUUUCUUGGCACACUUUGGGUCCCUUAGUACCAACUGAGCAUGGUUUAAACACCAAAGCCUACCUGAGUAUUGUUGCUGACCGUGUCCAUCCCUUUAUGACCACAGUGUACCCAUCUUCUGAUGGCUACUUCCAGCAGGAUAACGCACCAUGUCACAAAGUUCAGAUCAUCUCAAACUGGUUUCUUGAACAUGACAAUAAGUUCACUGUACUCCAAUGGCCUCCACAGUCACCAGAUCUCAAUCCAAUAGAGCACCUUUGGGAUGUGGUGGAACGGGAGUUUCGCAUCAUGGAUGUGCAGCCGACAAAUCUGCAGCAACUGUGUGAUGCUGUCAUGUUAAUAUGGACCAAAAUCUCUGAGGAAUGUUUCCAGCUCCUUUGUUGAAUCUAUGACACAAAGAAUUAAGGCAGUUCUGGAGGCAAAGGGGGUCCAACCCAGUAGUAGCAGGGUGUACCUAAUAAAGUGGCCGGUGAGUGUACACCUCCAGAAACUCUUUAAAGGUAUACUAUGGAGGACUGUUGGUUACCAGUGAAGAUGAGAGUAAAAGCCAACCCCAGAGUCACUCGGGAACACGCGCAUAAAUGUCCCACACACAGAUAAUAAGAAAAAAAUAAGAAAAUACAGAGGGCAGAGUCAGAAAAAUACACCACCACACUCUUCCAGUGGGUCUUAAGUGAUGAUUGAGAGGGAUUACUUCUGUAUGAAUGUAUACAUUGUGUUUUUUUUUAAAAAUCUGCAUACCUGUAAGACAUAAAUCCAGGUGUCCUGUGACGACACACCCAAAUUAAAAAAAAAUCAUACGUUUGAUGGAGACACAGCACAA